AUGGAAGCUAACAAUAAUAGGAGCAUACUGUACAUGAAAGACUCAACACAUGGGAGCAUACUAGCUUAUGAAAAAUAUCAAUCCCCUCUCUCCUUCCACAUCACUAUUAUUUAUGCUAAAUGUGAUGAGCCUUUGAGGAGAGGACUUUGGGAUGACUUAAGAGACACUGCCGGAAGAAUUACAGGCUCCUUGGGAGUGGUGGGUGGCUUCAAUGUCAUCACCAAACCUGAUGAGAAAACAGGAGGGAGACCCUGCAGAAUUGAAGAGAGUUUGGACUUUUUAGCAUGUCUUUCUGAUUGCAACUUACAAGAUGGUGGUUUUCUGGGAUCUAGAUUUACAUGGAGUGAUUAUAGAGAUCCACCCAACACUAUAUGGAAAAGGUUAGACAACUUGGUGUAUAAUGCUAAAUGGUUUGAUAGCUUUGGAGCUUUUGAAGACAUCUUUGAAGAACCCAAAAGGUUGGAAAUACUUAUUAGAAACCUUGAGGAAACUUCUUUGACUAACAAUAACCAUGAAAUCGAGGAAAACCUUGCUAAAGCUAGAGCCGAUUUCACUAAGUUCAUAAAGUUUCAGGAUAAUAUUUUAAGGCAGAAAGCUCAGGUUAAAUGGCUUCAUGAAGGUGAUGCCAACAUUGUUUUCUUCCAUAGCAUCAUCAAAGAUAGAAGAAAGAGGCUUUGUUGGAAUUAA